AUGAGUCCUCCCCCCACCUCUGAAUCGUGGAAGGCGACUCUUGAUGCCCGUCUCGCCCAACCAAGACCGGGUUUUUUGCAUUCGUGCGAUGACUGCCAUGAAGAGGUUCCCUGGGCGAGGUGUAAGAGCAAUAAGAAAGGUAACAAGGGCCACUGGUAUGCGAUGUGCAAGAAGGUCGCAGGGGAACAGCAAACCCAAUGUACCUUUUUCCGCUGGGCCUCAGGCUCAAGUGGCUCACAAAUGCCAUCCGAGUCACCUGAGAUUCCUCAAGAGUCUCCGCAGCUGCACCCCAUUGCAAUGCCUGCAACUUUGAGUGACACAACACUCCUCUUCAUAUGUGCUGCACUGGUGUGCGGGAGGAAGCCACAUAAGCUCUGUGACAAUAAAGCUUGUCGCAAGCACUGCAGGCGUCCUUUUACCGCACCUUCACCUUCACCCACACCUGCACCCGCUCCUGAACACUCUUCUCCUAUCGCUCUGCCUACUACCACUAUCCCUUCGUCACCCCCAGCCCCUGAUGUAUCACAACCACCGGUCAACAAAGGUAAAGCUCGAGCAGUUGAAGUGGCCCUUCCCUCAAGAAUCAUCGCUGGUCCCAUCGCUGGUCCUUCACAAUCCAAGCCAAGCAAGGCCUCAGGGCCCCGCUAUGCGACCCAGAUUCCGGCCUUGUUUACCCAACAGAACGCAAUCGAGGAGUCCAUACAGGAGGAAGAGCGGCAAAGAGACCGCGAACGUCUUCAAGCUGCACAGCGUGCAAAGAACAACAUCAUUAUCUAUGCAUGGAUUAAGGAUGGCACCGAGCCCAUUAUCUAUGAGUUUCAAGAGGGAUUCACGUUCCCGAAUUUUUUUUUCAGUCACGACAUGCUGCGCAAACUCGAAAUCCUUUCUGAGGACACAGUGCAGGUGCCACCCGUCCAGCGAUACAAUCGUGUCCUUGACACCUGGAUGCGCUUCGAUGUAGGUCACAUGGUGACCUUGCAUGACCGCGAUGGCGGCGCACUUCUUGUCAAGAACGCCUGUGUAAAGGACUGCAUAGAUCUUGGACGCCACAUUCAGAAACUCACCCAUCCCAGCAGCCCUAAUAUUGUGAAGGCUCUUCCUGCCAAGCGCAAGUACAUGCGCGCUGCAUCACAUGUGAAGAGCUCUUGUCCACCAUCCCCAUCAAUUACGCACAACAAUGUUGGUCCAGUGCCCACUAUCCGUGAUUCUCAACACUCUCCUCAUGAACCAUCCUGGUCACUUUCUGCUAUUGAUGAUGACAGUGACAAUGAUGUUGGCCCAGUCCCCACUAUCCACCAUUCCCAGCAAAAUCGCGGUGGAUCUGUGCUCUCGCUUACAGACAGCGAGGGUGCUAGGACGAAAGCCCAGCUCAAUCGCAGUGCUUCCAUUCUCUCUCUCACAGACAGUGAGGAGGUGACAACAGCAACUGCACGUCCCCUGAAGCAGCAUGCCUCCCCUUCAGAUUCCCUGUCCCCUCGUCCUCUUUUGCGCCUUCGACGACAUCCAUCUGCCGAGUUGUUCCAAUUUUCUUCCAACUCCGAGACCAGUACCCAGUCUCGCUCUUCAUCACCAGUCUCAAUUCGAUUCGCAGGCCCAAUCAUUAAGGAAGAAAGUUCUGGGAGCUUGCUUUCACGUGGGACUUCGAAGGCUGAUGCUAUUGAGGUGGAGAAGGUCGCAAUCUGGCCUGUGGACUUCUAUGUCAUUGACAUCGCUAAUGGAUUCAACUUAUGCAAGAAAGCAGCCGACUCACGACGCAAAGUGUCUCAGGUUUUUAUCAACCACUUUGGCGUGCCCUUCAAAGCUUCUACAUAUUACGACAACAGGAAGGUGUGGGACCUGGAGGUGAACCGAGCGCUUCGUGAGCGCUUUACCAAUUAUGGUCGCACAGAGAAAGGACGCUGGACCGCCUUCAUGAAGAAGGCGCAGCGGCCUGCCAAGUAG